AUGGCUGGUAAGAGCCCCCGAAAAGGCGGAAUGGCGGCCGGAAAGCAGCCUUCGAACUUGAAGAAACUGAAAAACAGGAAUGUGGGCGGCAAGUCAGCACCCGUACUUUCAGGGACUAGCCUCCACGCGAGGCCGCGACGGUUCAGUUUACUAUACUCAUCGGACUCGUCGCUAAGUGCCCUUUCUGACUUAGAAAGCCACAAGAAAACAGGUUUCAAAAACCCUCACCUGAGCAAAAAAUCAAAGCGUGGUGUAGGAAAUGAGCUGGGAAAGCGAGGCAAGCUGAUAUCGGAAGCAGCCAUAUCUUCUGGCAGCAGCUCAUCGUCAGACUACGAUGCGGUGAACGACGAGACUGACAGCGGUAGCGAAGAUGCCAUCGAAGAUAACGAUGACGAUGAUGGCGGGAACGAUGAUUCCAGUUCGGGGUCUAGUUCCAGUGACGACGACGUUGACUUUGUGAAGCUGAGCGCAGAAAGAAAGAAGCGGGCCAUGCGGGCCAUGAGCGCUUUAAAAAGAGGAAAGUCGCCCAAGAAAAGCGACGUGAGUAACACCCCAGUUCUCAAGGCUCCAUCUGACAAACCGGACUCAGACGAAGAAGAUUCAGCGGACGAAGAUUCAGCGGUAUUUAGUCACAAGAGGCACCCUGAAGAAAAGUCAGACAGCGAGAGCACAAAAGAGGACGCCAGCGACGAAGAUUUGGGGGAAGAAGUUAAGGAGAGCAGCUCAGCAUCCGGGAAAGCCCUUGCUUCUAAAACGGCGCCCGUUGACCAGCUCAACGUUCCUCAGAUUUCUGAGAGCGAAGAUUCAGACUAUGAAAUAGAUCAUGACGCAUAUAUCAAGAGCAUCCAAUUCGAUGAGGAAGACGUAGUGGGACUUGACACUGGUUUGGACACAGGAGAAGACGAUGUGCCCAUACUUGAUGAAGAGGAACAAAAUAUUGUUUUGGAGUUGGAGAACGACGACGAACUUUCAUUUGAAGGUAGUAUUCACGAGGAAGGAGAGGACCCCGCGGAAAAUGAGCAAGAGGGUGAUGGUGAAGAUUUCAAAGAUAACAGUCAGCUUUACAAUGAAUUCGAUGAUGACGAUGACGAUGAAAUAAUGAGCGAUUUUGAUGAACCUUUCUACGAAGACCCCAAGUUUGCGAACCUCUACUACUGUGCGGGGAGCGAUCAGCCACUAUCCCUCAGCACUUCCUUGCCUCUUAUACUGAACGAUGAAAAACGGAGAAACUUGGAUAAAAAGCAAACAAAGAAGCGUGAGCGCGAAGAACUUAUUCGCCGUCGCAAGCUCUCUAGAAAGUUGGACAAAGAGAGGAGACAAAAAUCUGCUGCUACCGACCUGGGGAAUGAAGAGUAUUUGUUUGGAGUAUUUUUUCGCAGCGAUGAGGAGAAGCCCAAAGAAAGCAAUUUGGAAUCACCCUUGCGCCAGCUCGGUUCAGCAGCUGCAUCAGAAGAGGAUUAUUCGAGUGAAGAGGAAUACGAAAACAUUCUUCUUGACAUAGCUCAUAUGCCUACGGAUGACGAAAGUUUGGACGGUAUAGUCGACGACGACGAAAUAGACGAUGAUGAUGAUGAUGAUGAUGAUGACGAUGUCAGCAUAUCUGACGUGUUUAUUGACAUCGACGAUCUUGACCCAGACUCAUUCUAUUUUCAAUAUGAAAGCUCCGAUGGCGGUGAGGCAGAAGGCACAAAGGAUACAGACAAAGGGGACGGUAACAAACUCGAGGGCCCGGACGACAACAGUUUAGUUGAGACGGUUAUUUACAUUGAUGGCGAAUCAACAGAUGAAGACGAGACGCUCCCACCUCCCAACACACGGAACAAACGGAUUGGGUCUAAAGCCAAAGAAGUUGUUAGCGCCAAUGUUGUGGGACUUAAGCCUCCUAAGCUUGGUACUUGGGAAACUGACAAUAAACCUUUCAGUAUCAUUGACGGCCUUUCCACCAAAUCCCUCUACCCGCUCGUUCCAGAGCAGCAACUUUUGGAGCAGCAGCAGUUUCAGCAACAACAGCUGGCAGUUAAUGAGUCAAACGGUGUUAGCGGCGAAAAGGAAGAGUUAACCCUUAAUGAGCUUCUUAACAUGAGUGAACUUGAUGACGAGGAAGGCCCCGCUAAUGCAGGAGGGGACCAACUUGCCUCUGAAUGGUAUGAAAAACCAAAGGUGCCUCUCUCAGCAUUCCGGAACAAAGGUGUAGAUGUUAAUCGCGAAGAGGAGUACAUGCUUCCUGUUUUUUCAGCCAGAAAGUGUCCAAUUGGGUACGUGGGCAGCGAAAGAACCAGAAGGAAAAUCGAUAAGAUGAAAGAGCUGCAAAAGAAGAAGAGCGAAGAGAGAAAAAAGCUCAAGAAAAAGAAGAAACUGCUCAAAAUCAAGAGAGAACGGGAACGUCUGGAAAAAGAGAAAGAGCGUAAUGACGCCAUCGUUCCUUCUGAAGAUCAGAUGCGCAUUGCAAACGGGGACAGCAUUGGUGUUCCAAAAAUUGAAGAGGUUUCUGGAACAGGAGAAAAAAAUGACCUCAUUUCGGAUGAUACUAAGGAUACCGCAGAGGGCAUGGACCUUGACGACAUUAAUAAGCUGCUCAAUCGCACAGACAGCGAAUUGGUGGCGCAUGAUGGCAAUGAUAUAGAUUUGAUUGGCACCGAAGACGCAGAUAUCUUAGCCACACUUACAGCGCCAGUGGAUGUCGAUCCCGUGAAUGACAAAUACAUGACUACAGGUGCUGUGUGGAGGAGGCGCCAGAGCGUCGUUGAAGCAGCGGCUAAAAAUCUUCGUUUCACUAAGAGUGGCUUGUUCAGCGAAAGUGCCUUGGCUGAUCUUGAACAAAUCAUAGGGAAUUCUGCAAGCUCAGUUAUAGAAUUCAGCGACGUUCUGCAAUAG